CUUGUCAAAAUCGAUUAGAUCCAUUUUCCCUCCUUUUCAUCGUCUUUGAGCUAGGGUUUUUCAUUGGCUCUAUACGUCAUUCUGGCGCUCUCUCUCUAGGGUUUCUCGAUCUGCAACGAGCUCCGAUUCUGAGUUUCUCACAGUCAUGCCUCGGUACUAUUGUGAUUAUUGCGACACUUAUUUGACGCACGACUCUCCAUCAGUUAGAAAACAACAUAAUGCAGGAUACAAGCACAAGGCAAAUGUUAGAAUUUACUAUCAGCAAUUUGAGGAGCAACAGACCCAGAGCCUAAUUGACCAGAGGAUCAAGGAACAUCUUGGCCAAGCAGCAGCUUUCCAGCAGGUUGGAGCUGCUUUUAAUCAACAUCUAAUGGCUCAGAGGCCCCGACUUCCCAUUCUUCCAACACCUGUUAUGCAACCAUUGAUCCCUGGGAUGAGGCCUCCUGUUCUGCCCAGACCAGCUCCAGGUGCUUCUGGUUAUGUUCCUGUUCCAGGCAUGCCACCAAUGUUGGCACCGCCUGGUGCUCCUUUUCCUGGUCAAGUAAAUGGCCUUCCACGGCCUCCUACACUGGCUCCACCACCAACGAAUCCUGGAACUGCAAUGACACCCACUUCUUCUGACGUAGCACCCUCCAUGGCUGUGCCUGCACCAUAUGCCAGUGGUUCUGCAGCCCCAACAAGUGGAGGAUUUGACAAUGCCAAUCCCCAACUAUCUGAAGCUAAUAAUUAAUCUAGUUAAACUCACAUGCUCUGCUUACCUGUCUAAAGUUAAGCUAUUGAACAUGAAGCUUUUUGAUGAUCAAGGUUGUAUGGUAAUAUCAUUUUUAGAAGGGUAGCUUUUUGAAUAUGUAGCGGAUGGAAAAUGUGAUAAUUUGAUAAAAGAACAAUAUUAUGACUCAUUUUGUAUCAUGUUUGUUUUCUAUGUUAAUUUA